CAACGUGCACCACGGCUGGAGCAAGUUUGUUGGGAGACCAGAAGAUGAUGGAGGCUGGAGAGGAAAUGGAGCGAGUCCUGAAAAAAAGGCAAGUCCUGCUGUUCUUUGUUUUGCUGGGCAUAGCUGAGGCUGGGUCCACCCUUAGGCGUUACUCAGUGGAGGAGGAAGCAGAGAAUGGCUUUUUUGUGGUCAAUUUGUUAAAGGACCUGGGGCUGGAGGUAGAGGAACUCGCUGCGCGGGGACCACGAGUCAUUUCCAAAGGGAAAAAAUUAAACUUAGAGUUCAGUAGGCAGACGGGGGAUUUGUUGUUAAGGGAGAAACUGGACAGAGAGGAACUGUGCGGCCCCGCCGAACCCUGUGUGAUACCUUUCCAGGUGUUACUGGAAAAUCCUUUGCAGAUUUUUCAGGCUGAACUACAGAUUGGGGACAUAAAUGAUCAUUCUCCCGUUUUUCUGGACAAAGAAAUAAUUUUGAAAAUUUCAGAAAUGGCUGCUUCCGGAACCACUUUCCUAAUAGAACGGGCUCAAGAUUUAGAUGUAGGAAGCAACGGUCUGCAAACUUACACAAUCAGCCCCAAUUUCUAUUUUCAUCUUAAAUUACAAGACAGUCCUGAUGGCACAGUAUUGCCACAGCUGGUACUGGACAAAGUGCUGGAUCGGGAGGAACAGUCUGAAAUCAGAUUAAUACUCACAGCAAUAGAUGGUGGGAUUCCACCCAGGUCUGGCACUGCCCUGGUCCUUAUUGAAGUCUUGGACAUCAAUGACAAUGCCCCCACAUUUUCAAAGAUUCGAUAUGAGGUUCAGGUCCCAGAGAACAAUCCUGUUGGAUCCCAGGUUGCUGUGGUCUCUGCUAGGGAUUUAGACAUUGGGGACUAUGGACAAAUAGUUUACUCUUUUUCCCAAGCUUCUGAAGACAUUCGGAAAACAUUUCGAAUGAAUGCAACAUCCGGAGAAAUCCUUUUAGCAAAGACACUGGAUUUCGAGUCCAUCCAGACAUACACAGUAUCUGUUCAGGCUACAGAUGGUGGGGGACUUUCUGGAAGCAGUGUGGUGUUUAUCCAAGUGAUGGAUUUGAACGACAACUCACCUGAACUGACUGUGUCCACACUUAAUAAUCACAUCCCAGAAAACUCCCCGGAAACCGUAGUUGCUGUGUUCAGUGUUGCAGAUCCUGACUCUGGAGACAACGGAAAAAUAGUGUGCUCCAUCCAAGAAGAUCUUCCUUUUAUUCUAAAACCCUCAGUUGAGAACUUUUACACUCUUGUGACAAACACAGCCCUGGACCGGGAGACCAGAUCACAGUACAACAUCACCAUCACCAUCACCGAUCUGGGCACACCCAGGCUCACAACCCAGCACACCAUAAUUGUGCAGGUGUCUGAUGUCAACGACAACGCCCCCACCUUCACUGAAACCUCCUACACCCUGUUUGUCCAGGAGAACAACAGCCCCGCCCUGCACAUAGGCACCAUCAGCGCCACAGAUUCAGACUCAGGCUCCAAUGCCCACAUCACCUACUCGCUGCUGCCCACCCACGACCCGCAGCUGGCCCUCUCCUCUCUCAUUUCCAUCAAUGCAGACAAUGGGCAGCUGUUUGCGCUCAGGUCUCUGGACUAUGAGGCCCUACAGACCUUCGAGUUCCGCGUGGGCGCCACAGACCAAGGCUCACCAGCCCUCAACAGCCAGGUGCUGGUGCGAGUGCUCAUGCUGGAUGGUAAUGACAAUGCGCCCUUCGUGCUCUACCCUCUGCAGAAUGCCUCUGCGCCCUGCACUGAGCUGCUGCCCAGGGCGGCAGAGCCUGACUACCUGGUUACCAAGGUGGUGGCUGUUGACCGCGACUCUGGCCAGAAUGCCUGGCUGUCAUUCCAGCUUCUCAAGGCCACAGAGCCAGGGCUGUUCAGCGUGUGGGCUCACAAUGGCGAGGUGCGCACCUCCAGGCUGCUGAGUGAGCGCGAUGCUCCCAAGCACAGGCUGCUGCUCCUGGUCAAGGAUAAUGGCGAUCCUCAGAGGUCUGCCAGUGUCACUCUGCAUGUGCUGGUGGUGGAUGGCUUCUCUCAGCCCUACCUGCCUCUGCCUGAGGUGGCGCGCGACCCCACACUGGAGGAAGACUCCCUCACGCUGUACCUGGUCAUUGCUUUGGCUUCUGUGUCUUCGCUCUUCCUCUUGUCUGUGCUGCUGUUCGUGGGAGUAAAGCUGUGCAGGAGGGCCAGGACGGCCUCGCUGGGUGGCUGCUCUGUUCCUGAGGGCCACUUUCCUGGUCACCUGGUGGAUAUCAGUGGAGCAGGGACUCUGUCCCAGAGCUACCAGUAUGAGGUAUGUCUGAUGGGCGAUUCUUCUGGGACCAGCGACUUCAAAUUCUUGCAGCCAGUUCACCCUAGCUCCCUGCCCCAGUGCUCUGGGAAAGAAAUAGUGGAAAAUUCUACUCUCCGCAAUAGUUUGGGAUUUAAUCAUUAUUAGAAAGCUACUUAAUAGAUAUUUACUUCCCAACAUCAUCUUGUUGAUUAAAUUCUGUAUACUUGUUAGU